CUCGCAAUGGCUGUUAGUAAACGUACUCUGAACUCCUUUACGUGUGAUAGCAAGAGGGUACCAAAACAUGUAUUUAAACAACUUCGUGAUGCAACGCCAGAACCAGGUAAAGAGGAUGAAUUCGACAUGGUGCAAAGGCCAUUGAAGGAGGAGUUUGAUUUCAAGGAGUUUAUGAGAAAUCUAGAGGAUAGACAUUACAGCGACCAAGUUAAACUUGUAUCGAAGGUUUAAGAAUAAUACAUUUUAAACUUG